AUGAUCCUGCCUCGUGUCUUCGCCAGCUCCCUCGCGCUCGCUGCGUCCUCGCUGCGUGCGCGCCCGGCGGUGGCGUGCGCGGCGGCGAAGCACACGCUGCCGUCUUCGGUUCUCGACCAGCAGGGAGCCGCCUUGAGUGAGGCCGCCACGACCCAGCAGCUCGGCGGCAAGCGGGUGGCACUGUACUUUUCCGCGGGCUGGUGCCCCAUGUGCACAUCCUUCGAGCCGUCGCUGCAGCAGUUUCUCCAGGCCAGCGAGGACAGCGGCAAGCCGUGCUCUCUCAUCUACGUGCCGAGCGAUCGCACGGAGGCGGAGGCGCUGAGGCGCGCCAAGGGCCUGGGCCUGCUUUCGGUGCCCUUCGAGGAGGCCGAUGCGCUCAAGAAGCAGUUCAAGAUCUGGGCGGGCGCCGAGUCGAUGAAGCUCGGCCCGUUUGGACGCCGCAGCGGCGUGCCGGCGCUGGUGGUGCUGAGCAGCGAGGGCGAGGAGCUGGCCUUCGUGCCCGCAGAGGCCCAGGGCGUGCGCGCGCUGCAGAGCUGGCCGAUGGACGACCCGCGUGGGGUGUGGCAGUAG